AUGUGCAUCUCAUCAUAUAUCCUAAUUCUCUCCCUUCUCUCUCUUUUUUCUCAAGGUUUUCUACUCUCUCUUUCAAAGUCUCUGCAAGAGGUAGAGGAUGAAGAUAUGUUGCUUGCUGCUUUAAAUCUAGGAAAAACUCUACAAAACGGAGAUAAAGGUAUGAACAGAGGAGCUCUACCUUUGCUGAAGUACCACAAUACUGAAGACAGCAGUGUCUUCAAUGAUAAGAAUGCUGGAAACACGAAGUCUUUGGACAGAGGUUCCAGGCAUGAUUUCUUCAAUCAUGUUAUGCCAAUCAACUUGGGAAGAAAGCAACUACCUUAUCCUGCACUGAAGGGAGCCAUAGCUUUUCCAGCUGACACUGAAAUUCAAAAUAGUGAGUCAAUACAGGAAAGAGAGACCACAGAUGAAGAAAAUUCAGCUAAAUUACCUAUUGGAAGAAGAGAUUUUGAGAUCCUCAGGUGUAUGCUGGGAAGAGUCUAUCGACCUUGUUGGCAAGUGUGA